UCUGCGUGUCCUGCCCUGCGCGCUCCUCUUCGCUUCUCUCUCCUCCCGCUUUUCAAACUGGACUGAAAACCUCGAGGCGAAGACUUCUAAACUGCGCAAUUCCACUUGAACUGCGCAAUAAAGGUGCGCACGUACAGCUGGUGUAUUUCUGGGUCCGAAUUGUAACGGAUUAUUGAGAGGCGUCGCGGUUUUUGCCAGGCUUUGGGGAGAGGAGCGCUCCUUCUCCGGUCAUAUUCUUUCUUUUUGGAUUUGAGGACACCUGGACCAUUACUGAUGGAACAGGGUCACUCCACCGGUCCCCAGCAGCCGCCCAGCACCAGCUAACAUUUCCUGGAAGAACGUGUCCAUAGCCCGCUCCCAACAAACAUGGACAGUUUUCCCAUGCUUUAUUUUCUGUCGACAUCAUGAUUCCUGGUAAUCGAAUGCUGAUGGUCAUUUUAAUAUGCCAAGUCCUGCUGGGAGAGAGCAACCAUGCUAAUCUGAUACCUGAGGAAGGGAAGAAGAAGGUUCCGGGCGUUCGCGCUGGUGGGGACCCUCAGAGCAAUGACCUGCUACGGGACUUCGAGGCCACACUGCUCCAGAUGUUUGGCCUCCGCAGACGGCCCCGCCCCAGCCGUGCCCUUACCGUGCCCCAGUACAUGCUGGACCUGUACAGGCUGCAGUCCGGAGAGGCCGAGGAGGACGCGGCCGCCUUCCAGUACCCGGAGCGGUCAGCCAGCCGGGCCAAUACCGUGAGGGGCUUCCACCAUGAGGAGCACAUGGAGAGGGUGGAGGGCGUACAUGACCGCAGACCCACGCCGCUCCGCUUCCUGUUCAACCUGAGCAGCAUCCCGGAUGACGAGCUUCUAACGUCUGCGGAGCUCCGGCUUUACCGCCACCAGAUCCGGGACGCCCUAUCGGAGGAACCGGGCCUGCACCGCAUCAACAUCCACGAGGUCAUCAAGCCCCCCCAGCCGGGCAAGCCCCUCAUCACCCAGCUCCUGGACACCCGCGUGGUCCGCCACAAUGCCUCGCGGUGGGAGAGCUUCGACGUCAGCCCGGCAGUGUUGCGUUGGACCCGGGAACGCCACCCCAACUAUGGGCUCACGGUCGAGGUCCUGCACCUUAACCAGACCCCGCGACACCAGGGCAAGCACGUCCGAAUCAGCCGCUCCCUCCACCAAGAGCCGGGCGAGGACUGGGAGCAGCUACGUCCCCUGCUGGUCACCUUCGGGCACGAUGGAAAGGGCCACCCGUUGACCAGGCGGGCGAAACGUAGCCCGAAGCAGAGGGGGAGGAAGCGGAACCGUAACUGCCGGCGACACGCGCUCUACGUGGACUUUAGUGACGUAGGGUGGAAUGACUGGAUAGUGGCGCCUCCCGGGUACCAGGCGUAUUACUGCCACGGGGAGUGUCCAUUCCCCCUGGCCGACCACCUGAACUCCACCAAUCACGCCAUAGUGCAGACGCUGGUCAACUCGGUCAACAACAACAUUCCCAAGGCGUGCUGCGUGCCCACAGAGCUGAGUGCCAUCUCCAUGCUCUACCUGGAUGAGCAUGACAAGGUGGUGCUCAAGAACUACCAGGAGAUGGUAGUGGAGGGUUGUGGCUGCCGCUAGUCCAGGACACUGUUGGCCUGAGGAGGACUAUGUACCUCACGGACAGAAGCUAUACCAGACACUCCACCCGCCCUCCCCCAAAACGCUCACUCGGACCCUUAUUUAUAACGUUAAUGUUGAGGUGUAUGUUUGUCUCACUUUUGUUUGUUUCUUUUGACAAUAUGAUCAUAUAUUUUGACAAAAUAUAUAUAUUUAUAUCUACAUAUUAAAAAUAAAUUGAGUCCUUAUUUUAAACAUAAAAGCUGUACAACUUGUCAU